UUUUUUUGUUGGUUUUUUUUUCUUUUUUAAAUGAAAACCCAUUUUUGAAGUUUUCCAUUGCAACUUAAAAUUUUGAUGAUCACAGUGAAGAAAAAUUUUAAUGAAAGAAACAAAAAAGCCUUUUGAUCAACUGCACUUAAGAGGUUUUGCUUUUUUUUUUUUUCACAGAUCUUUUAAUUCAGCUUCUAAUCUUUUUUUUCUAAGGAUUAUGGAAGGAAAUUCUUGCGCAUUUUCAUAGGACCAGAUCCCAAUAACUAAGAUGCAGCAAAAUAAAAGAUUCAGAAUCCUUUUUUUGCUGGGGAUGAAAGUAGCACACAAGAUGAAAUAUGCAUGUUUCUGGGAGAGCAGACUGCUUGUAAACUUUGCAUUUUUACUAUCUUUUUUUUUGCCCAUUCUGAUAUAAAAAGAAGUAACACAGCCUUAUAUUCCUCAGACUGCUCGGUAGAGUUGAUGUUCUCUCUUGUGUACCAUUUAUGUCUCACUUUAACACAUCAUAUUUGAAUUUCACUCACUGACAGAAAAAUAUUUCUUUUCGCUGAGCCUUUCACUUCCAUGAACUGUUUUUUUUCAGUAUGUGUGCCAUACAGGUGAUGUGUGACCUGGAGCCUGCAGCCUAAAAGAAGCUCUUGCUAAGUGGUAUGUGCAUCUAUUGGUAGGGGAAAUGCUUUCUUCCUUAGUCCCUCUCUGCUGUUCUCUGAUAUUUUGCUAUUCCUCUUUUUAAGGAGCCCUAUAAAGGGUUUAGCUUCUUUAUGGGAGAAACAGCAGCUUUCCAAAUGGAGGAAGCUAGGUUGGGUUGAAUGGUUGUUUCUUUCCCUUCUGAAAAUAAUACUGAUGAACAUGAAGCAGUUGGGAGCGCCCUCAGGAAAUUCCCCUUUUUGAAAUGAUGGAGAAAACGAGAACUUCAUAGCUCCUAUGGAACUGAAAAGCUGAUAGACAGCCAUUGCUCCCUGGCACCUCAGAGGCCGUGCUGAACAUGGUGGGCUCCCUGCUUUGUGUGGAAUUCUUUGGGAGCAGGAGAUAUAAGGUUGGAUGCUACCUGGUGGGUUAUGUCUGCAGUUUUGCUGUGCUUUGUUUUAGGUGGCUGUUACAUAAAGUAAAACAGAAGGAUGUGAUCUAGCACAGGAAAAGUACCCAACAGAAAGCCCAAAAAAAUCCAAUAAAAUUGCUAUUUAUUUUACUUCUUCUCCCCCUUUUUCUCUCUAGGGGAACUAAGCUGGAUAAGGAGGAAACGUUUUUGUGUAGAGACAGCAGGAAAUGGGGAGGGUUGGGUUUCGAAGGCAUUCGGAUUUCUUUAUAAACAUCCUUCUUAUAGGAAUAUUAAUUUUUAAACAUCCUGAAAUCCCAUCCUUCCGCUACCCAGCCUGGUGAUGCCGUCAGAAGCAUUCCCCUUCACAUUCCAAGGCUCUGCUCACAGCAGGGAAGAGGAGAACCAGCUCAGGGAUCCUGCAUCCAAAGGAAAGAUUGUGUCAGGCGAUUUGAAUAACCUCUGGGGCCAAGGAUUGCAGGUGACAGGGAUGUGGGAACUCCUAACCUUGGAAUCUCCCUCUGUUCUCCCUUACGUAGGGAGACUCAGCCUGAGGAACAGGUUUGCGUGAAACCAUUUUGCAUUGCUGUACAAAGUGCAGCAGGGUGUCACGCGUGUCUUCCUCCAGGGCUGCACCCACCAGGUCAGGAAGCAGAGCUGCUGAUGAAUCAUGUUAGUGCCGACAGCCUCCUGCUCGGGGCUUGUUAUCCGAGCUCCAACUGACGGCAGCGGGGCAGCUGGGAUCGGCCAUCGUGCUUUCUUUCCUCUGCUCCUGGUGACAUCUACCGGCAGAACAGCCUCACAUCGGGCAUUUGCCGCUGCAAAAGGCAGCUUCGAUAUACAUCACGUUUAAUCUAUACGCCUAAAUGCGAUGUAGAAUUUAUGACUGUAAACGCUCCCAUAUUUGUUUGGGUUAUUCUGUGAGCACAGGGAGGCAGAUUUGUAGCAGGAAGGCAGAGUUCUUGACAAUUCUGAAACGAGAGCGGAAUAAAUCACUGCAGCAGGUUUUAUAGGCAGCACUUCAGCAGAGCUGGGAGUAAAUAGGGUAAUGCUAUCACUGCCUAGAAAGCAUUUUCUGUGGCUUAGUUUAGCUUGCCGGUUCUGCUUUUGCUACAUAAAGGCUCUUGUGGCAGAAGUGUCAUGCUGUCAGAGGAUGCUGCAAGCCGGGCUCAGAAAGGGAAUCUGGAAAAGGACUUUGGAUGCUUUCUGGCUUUGCUAUGGCAGACUGUUGGUUUAGGAAACAGGAAUGCUUUCCCUUCUGCUCAUGGCUUGCUUUAUGCCCUUUCUUUUUAUGAUCCUGACACUGAAAAUCAGUCCUCUGAAAGAAUGGCCUUGAGAAGACCCCAGGCAAACUACCCGAUGUUGUAAGUGAAGAAAAAGCAAAUGCUGACAUUUUCUAGCCCUUUAGUGGGUAGAAAGUUCUAUUUGAGUAAAGCACAAACUUAAAAAAUAAUAAAUCUAUUUAAGGAUGAGAUUCCCAUUUGCAUCUACUGUCCACACUAUUAGUGAUGAAACAUUUACAUUGGUCUAUGAUUUCAGAGUCAAAGUCCAUUUUAACUUUAAUAAUUUAGCUUUAGAAGCUUAAAUUCUCUUCUCUAAGCUUUGCCCAGAGUUGUCCUCUGCCUGUCCAUCUCCCAUGUUUUCCAUGUAACCUUGCACAAGGAGCCAUGGCUCUGUUUGCAAGAUUUUUGAAGCCUGCUGGAAGGGGAAGCGUUUUCCUGCUGUAUGAAAGUGUUUAACUGAAGACGGAGCAUGAAUCUUGUCCCAGUUCUCUGUGCCUUGCUCCUGUGAGACCUGAACUCCCUGGGGAUACUCAUUCACAGAGAAGGAAGAGCGAAGCUAUAUUCAAAAUGCUUUCUAAAUCUGGUGCCCUGAGAGCUGAACUCAAGCUUGCUCAGUUCUGAGCGCUCACAUCAAUAUGCACACAAUUAAGCACAAGAGACCGGUCGUGUAAUAAGUUCUUAUUGAUCCUGCCCUGGCAGAGCUGGAAAAAGAACAAAACAGGCUUCUGCUACAGGUGUUCAGUGGGGAAAACCAGAUAUGUUCCAUCAGUGCAAGGACUUGCACAGGCAGGGCAAUCCCAGUGGUCUGUGCUUUUAAUAUGCUCCUACAGGAGACCUAAAGAUGGCACCUGAGGUAUAGCACUGCUAAGGAUGGCAGAGGGACACAAAGAAAGUUCAGCUCUCUGUAUUCAGAGGUGAAGUGGAAAAGGUCAAGCACGAUGGUGUCCCAUGAACAUUCAGACACUGAAAACAUUGGAAUAUUGCUGGACACACAUAGUGACAUGAGCAAGAAACAAUCCUGUGGUAAAGAGAUGGGAUCAUAUAAGAAUCCCUGAGUCAGAGAAAGCAAAUCAAGAUUGCAAGAGAAGGUUUGACUUUGGACUAUUUUCUUAUCUAUGCAUGUUUGGCUUUGCAACCCAAGACAGAUUUUUGAAGACACUGCAGGGUAAGUAGACCCUUUAGAUUCUGUUUGUUCACAUAAGAAUAAUAGUAAUUUAAAUAUGAUCCUAUAAAACUGUACUUUAGAGAUAUGUCUCUUUCUAUUGAGCAGGAUAUUGCAACAGUCCCUGUUAGAUCACUUUACAAUAUCAGCUUAAACUUGUCUUCUUUUAAUUACAGCUUAGAAGAUUAUAUCCACUAAGUGUAUUUAAUCAGGAAGUACUGAUCCCAGAAAGACAAAGGUGCCCAAACAAGGAAGAGCUCCCACUGUGAUGCAGCCAUGAAUAAUCCAGUGACCUUCGUGUGGUGAUGCAACACUUUCCCAGUGUAACUUCACUAUGAAAGGAUAAAGCACCCAAACUCAAAGACCAGUAUUUUGGUCAAAACCUGACAACCUGCUGGAGAUUGACCACCGCCUGCCUGGCUGUUCCAGUUCACACACUGUGCUGUGGGAGGACUGCUCACUCUCUGGGAUUCUAUAGCAGCUGCAGAAGACGGGGCUAUGAGGACAGCCUGGCAGGGGAAGUCCGGUCGCAGCCCACUCCAGGCCCUGUAUGAGAGUGAUCAGUUUGAACAGUCAUCACUGCAGGCGGUUCACCAGCAGCGACGGGAGCUGUUGAGCAACGUCUGCAACCGUUACACCCGCAAGCGGCGGCUGCUGCGGCCGGAUGACUUGCGGCACUUGGUGGUGGAUGACACGCAUGGGCUGCUCUACUGCUACGUGCCCAAAGUGGCUUGCACAAACUGGAAGCGGGUGAUGAUGGUCCUGACGGGGCAGGGCAAGUACCGGGAUCCUCUGGAAAUCCCUGCCAACGAGGCCCACGUGUCGUCCAACCUGCACACUCUCUCUGAAUACAGCAUCCCUGAGAUCAACCACCGCCUGCGCAGCUACCUCAAGUUCAUCUUUGUGCGGGAGCCAUUCGAGCGCCUGGUCUCAGCCUACCGCAACAAGUUCACCCGCAGCUACAACACGGCCUUUCACAAGCGCUAUGGGACCAAGAUCAUCCGGCGGCACCAGCAGGAGCCCAGCGACAAGGCACUGGAGCGCGGGGAUGAUGUGCGCUUCGAGGAGUUUGUCUACUACCUGCUGGAUCCACGGACUCAGCGGGAGGAGCCCUUCAAUGAGCACUGGGAGCGCGUGCACUCGCUCUGCCACCCCUGCAUCGUCCACUACGAUGUGGUGGGCAAGUACGAGACCUUGGCCGAAGAUGCCAACUACAUCCUCCAGCUGGUGGGUGCCGACACAAGUGUCAAGUUCCCGUCCUCGUCCAAGACCACCAGAACCACGGACGACAUGACAGCCCAGUUCUUCCAGGACAUCAGCCCCUUCUACCAAAGACGACUCUUUAAUUUAUACAAAAUGGACUACUUGCUCUUCAAUUACUCCAUCCCUUCUUACCUCCGCAUCCGAUGAGGCAGUUGCUGGGAAGAGAGGUGGGGAGAGCUGGGUACUUCUCAUCUUGCCACAACUCCUCUCAUCCCACCCAUGCUCAUCUAUUGGUUCUCCCCAUGCCCUCUCCAUUACAUUCUGUUCUGUGUGCCUCGUUCAGGCACGGUCUGGAGGGAGAACACCCCAUAGAACACUGGGGCUGGAGUUUCUCCUUCCCUUUCUCUCCCACCCCUUGACUUUGGCACUUAUCAGUGGGUGCAGGAAGCUGCUGGCUUUGAAGGUUUGCCUUGGCUGGGGUUUUUCUUAUGACUAAAAGAUUCCUCUAUAGAUCUAAGUCUUGGGAAGGGUCCUUUUUUGUGCAGGAUCCUUUUGGGUGUUUCUCUUCCUCACUGGGCUGUUUGAGGUCAGCCUGGGGAGCAGGAUGGGGCUUGUCAGAGAUUUACAUAGGAACAGAAAUAAAGCAAUAAUGUAAGUUUUUCUUGUUCAUUUCAAAUUGCUCCCACCUUCUUCCUGCACUCUUGUCCUUCUAUCCUGGCUUCCUGAGCCAUCUCCAUUGCUGUGGAGGGCGGCAAUGUAAGCUGCAUUUUGCUCUGACAGAGCCUAGCGGGCUUUUUGUUCCUCUUCUUCCAUGUGCUCUCAGCUGGGAUGCAAAAUGCUGUGAAUGGGGAGGAAGAAGCAGAUGUGCAGCUGGUAUGAGUGACAGAGAUGAAACGAUUUCUCCUGAACGACAGCAGCAGAGCCAUCGAUCUGUGCGUAUGUGCAUCUGGAUUUCUUGUCAAGUCCAAUAAAUCCAGGUUCAGUUUUUUGUUUUCUCUUAAUUAUGUAAAAACAGGUAUUGAUUGUUUUGCAAAGCCAUACAUCCAACACAGGUGCAGGUACACCCACUUGGCACAAAGGGAUGGAGGAAGAGCGUCCUGCAGAGAAGGUGAUGUUGCAUUGGGAAGGCUGGAGGAGUGUGUGUGUGUGCGUGUGUGUGAGAGAGAGAGAGAGAGAGAGAGAAUUUAUGCAUGUGCAUCAGAAAAAAUAGAGAAUUAAAAAUGGAGACAGAGACACCUAGAGGAAAAUUCCCCUUUGCUUGGUUGGCUUCGGACGAUUCACUCCUUGAAGAAGAAACAGAAGGGAGUCGAAACACAAAAGAAAAUUACAAACCCGGUCCCGGGGUUUUAAGUUCAAGCCAGUCCUAGGAGCUUUGUUUCUUUAAAUCCAUAUUUAAAAAGUCUUUUCUGUUCAGCCCUGGCGAGGUGGCUGCCUUAGUAAAUAAACGCAGUGGUAAUAGAAUUUGCUGUAGUGUGUCUGCUGGCCCAGCUGCGAGCACUUGACUUAUUAGUGCAAUACAAUGGAGGUUUUAUGAAACCCCAGUGUGCUCAGACUGUUUUAAGAAAUAAUGUUUUCAUCUAACAACUUUUGGCUGUUACAUCUUAACCUUUUUUGCUCUCUUGAUUCUGAUCUGAACCUUUCUGCUGACAUUUCCCCCCUUGGUUAUGCUGUUUGGACAGUGGGUUUAGCAAGCACUGAAUAAGAAAAGGAAAUAAAUAGAAUUGUUGGUGAUGCUGGCAGCCUGAGUGGUUCUCCCAGAGCUGGAGCUUUUGCAGAAAUGGCCUUUCUAGAGAUGAAUCUCAGAGCACAGAAACAGCUGAUGCAUGCUGCAAAUGUCAGCAUUUGUGCUCAGUGUGUUCCUUCUGUGUUCUCGGGAGUCUUGCAGUCCCUGGAUAGUGCUGCUUGGUGUUGGAAAAGAAAUCAUAGUUCCAAUCACCACAAGUUCUUGGUCAUUUGGAGUCGGUCAGCAUCACUAAGGAAUGGAGUUUUGGAUGGAUUUGUGUUCUUGAAUACCAUGUUCUGCAGGUAGCUGGUGGCACAUUGAGUGGCAGGUACAAAUAUAUCCUCGCUCCUAUGGGUGUGCAUGCUGCUGGCUGGGAGAGCUCUGCUGUGACAGCAAGGAGCCAGCAACCAGACUUUGUCCAUAAUGGUGACUGGUGCUGGCUGGGGUGUUCCUUCCCUCUGUAUUGUAUCCCCAGCAAGUCCCCGCUUUGCACAGUAAGGCUGCAGCCUACCUGUUGCAUUCUGUGACAUUCUGUGACAUGCUGUCUUUGGGCUGAUGCGUUUGGAUAUACCCACUUUGGGGCUUUUUCUACAGUUAAAAUCCAGUGCAUUUAGGUCACGUCCUCAGCCUUCCUUAUGCCUAAACAUCACUCCCCAAAGCACAGCGUGACAGUGACAGAAAAUGGCAGCAUGGAGCGGGUGGUGAUGGAGCGAGGAGGACACCGUGUGACAGGAGGGGAUAACUGCAGGUGUGACACCUGCGGGACUUCGUGCUGGAAUCCAGUUCUCUCAGUGGCUUCUAUUUUUAAUUAUCUUUUCCUGCAUCCCUUCUUCUUAACAGAUAAGAAAUUAUCGAAGCGAUUGGAUGAGAGGUCAUGGCCUUAAGCUGUCCCAGAGCAGGCUCAGGUUGGGUAUUUGGAACAUUUUCUUCUCUGAAAGAAUGGUGAUGCAGUGGCACAGGCUGCACAGGGAGUGCUGGAGUCACCAUCCCUGGAGACGUUACAGAACCACAGAGAUGUGGCACGGAGUAAUGUGGUCAGUGGGCAGGGUGAGGGGGGGGUGGGGUUGAACUCGGUGAUCCCAGUGGUCUUUUCUAGCCUUAAUGAUGCUGUGGUUCUCUACCUCUUCUCAACCUAGGGCUGGGAGCGUAAUCCUUGGUGCUUCUGCACCAGGGCAGUGAUGGGUCAGGGCAGGACAAGCUGUGGGCCAAGCAGCCAAGGUCACCCCAGCAGUGGGAGCCCAAAGACUAACAGAGUAAAUCAAGUGAGCUGUGAUAAUCGCACGCGGCUUGGCCUCAGGCAAGGAACAACCUUGCAAACUCUCUUUGAUGAACCCUCCCUUCUGCAACUCCCCCAUCAAGUGCCUAUUAAAAAUUAAUAGUUAAAAACCGAGAACCAUGAAGCAGCAUUCAGACCUCUGAGUCACAGCUGAGACAGGGCAGUGGGGUGUGGUGUGAGGCUUGGGAGCUGCUGUGGAGCUCUCAGAGCCCCAGGGAUGCAAAAAUAAAGAACAGCAUCACCUUUAUCUAUCUCUGUGUGCAUGCACACAUAUACAGUGUAAAUAGCAAUUCUUUUAUAAUGUACAAUAGGAUUAUUUCAAAUAAUUGUAAUAUUUAUAUGUUAAUACAUGGACUAUAUGUAAUAAGUAUGUGUAUAAAAUUUGUUACCAGAAUAAUUAAAUA